AUGGCAAAAAUUAAAAAUAUUAUAUAUUUUAUAUAUAUAAGUAUAUUUUUAUCAACUAAAGUAUUUUCAUCAAAUAAAGAUAUACUAAGAGAUAGAUUACUUCAUACAGCAUGUGAAAAAAAUAAUGCAUUUGUUUUUUGUGCUCCAUCUACAACUAUUAAACCACCAUUAAAUUCUCAAGUUAUUAAUAAUGGUUUAAACAAGAUAGAAAAAUUAAAUAAUAAUGAAAAAAAAGAAACCUUUAGAAAAAAUGAUUUUAUUGAUGAUGAAGAAGAAAUUCAAAAACCAUUAGUACGAUCAGAUAAAGAAAUAAAAGAAUCAUGUUAUAAAUAUUAUCCUUUAAUAACACAGAGUUGUGGUAAACAACAUUUAAAAAAAGAAACUGUUGCAAAAUGUAUGGGGUAUUUUAGAGAUUGUAAACAAUAUAUUCCUCAAGGUGAUCCUCUUGGAGCUAUAGCUAAUGCUUUUACAAGUGGUGUUUCAUUAAAUUAUGGAUCAUUUGAUGUUAAAGGUAUUCCAUUUUAUCCUGUAAAUGAAGAAGGUGCUAUUGGUGCUGGAACAUUUGGUGAUGUAGGAUUUGGUUCAUGGGGUGGUGGUUAUUCACAUAAUGUAGGUGUACGUGAUUAUUGGAAUCAAAAUUUUGAUGUUGGAGCUAAUUGGUAUGAGGGACGUUAUGGAUAUAGAACAGGAUGGUCUGUUCCUUUAGUACAAUCACUAGGAGUUGAAGGUGGUGGAGGAACAGAUGUUAAUGUACCUCUAAGAGCUGAUAGACUUGGUACUGUUGAUGUUGAUAAUCAUUAUGGAGUAGGAGGUUAUUAUAAACAUAACUAUCAUACGGGAGUUGAUUGGAGAAGAGGUGAAGUACAAAAUACCUUUGGUGUAGGUGUACCAUUUGUUGGUGUUGGUGUGCAAACAGGUACUGCUGUUGCUUUCCCAUCAUUAGAUACAUGGUUACCUGCUGGUUAG